AUGGCAGCAGCACUUGUUUCGCAUUGGAGUGACAAGACCGUACUCGUGUUUGUUUGGUUGUGCGUUUGGCUUGCGAGCUCAGUGACCGCAGGCGUUGAUUGGUAUGGCGGUGCCAUUCACGUCAAUGCUGGGGAGUCUAUCCAAGCCGCGAUCAGCGCCGCUCACCCUGGACAAAUGAUUUUGGUCGCGGCGGGCACGUACGCUGAACAGUUGACGAUCACCACCGAUGGCCUCCAGCUGGUGGGCCAGGGGGCUAUCCUUGUGCCUCCCACUUCUUAUGACCAAAACACCUGCUCAGGCCUGGCUGGGCCCAACACAGAGGCCGGCAUCUGCAUCACGGGGCAGGACAUUGAGCUCGCGGACUUUGUGGUGGAGCAUAGGAAGGUCCUCUCUGUGGGCCGUCCAGUGCAGGGCGUCGUGGUGACCGGAUUCGAAGUCCAGGGAUUCUCUGGGCUCGACAUCGCCGUGGUGGGCGGUCAGGACGUCCAGGUGAAAGGUAACACGCUCUAUGACGGCGCACGCUAUGGGUGCUUGACCGUGGGCUCCAAGAACAGCCUCAUCGACGCCAACACCGUCGCCUCCACUACUCCGGGCGAAGAUCAACUCCUCUUCAUCGCCAUCUGCAUGGACGACGUGUCCGACGUUCACGUCACGAAGAACACUAUCUCCGGCUACUCAGUUGGGCUCUGCAUCCAGACCGAAGGCGCCUACGUGUCCGGCAACGACGUGACGAAUGCCUGCUACAGCGCCUUUGUGGACCCAGGCACCACCGGCGCACAGGUCAUCAGCAACCACAUCAGCGACGGCGAUCCGCUCUGCGCGACCGUGCCCAACGCCGCGCUGAUUGGAAUCGCCGUGCUCGGUGGCUUCGGCACACAGAUCCAGGCGAAUCUCGUGGAGGGCAUGACGGCUGCCGGCACUAAUGGCAGCGCGGUGGGCAUCGCGCUCCUGAAUGACCCCACGACGGGACUUGACGCGGCAAACAACGUCGUGACCGGCAAUGUCCUGCGUGGCAACGAUGUUGAUAUCUUCGUGGAGACUCCGGGCCAGGGGAAUGUCGUGGAGGGGAACCAGUGCUCGACUCCGGCCGAGCUGUGCGGCUAG